CCUAUCCUAUUAAUUCUCUGGAUUGUCAAAUGAUAGAGGUCAGAUUACAAAGUAUUUUUUCGCCUGAUUUUUCAAUGUAUCGGCUUUAUUACAAAUAAGUACCUACAGAAAAACGUGAUAUUAUACAUUUGAUUCAGUAAUUUAAAUUGUGUAUGUCAGUACUUGUUUCCUGAAGGAAUGUGGCGACCCACGUUAACUAUUUUCCGUAAGGUGAUCCUACCGUCACUAAAAGAAAAUGUAACUUUAUCAAAAGUUCUUUAUUCAACCAAGUCCCGUUUACCCAAAUCAACUGCAAAAUUGACCUUGGUUAGCGCAAGCGUGGGUAUAUUAGUCGGUGCAGGAUAUGGAGGUUAUACGCAUUACAAAGUAAACAUUAAAAACAAAAAUAAAUCUAUAGAAAACGAUGAAUAUGCAUUCUUAAAAGAAGCUCCUGAAUACAAAGCUCACUAUAAGGUGCUUAAUGAAGCUGAUACAAGCAAUUUGCAAUUAGUCCUCUUUCAAUAUAGAACAUGUCCAUUCUGCUGCAAAGUUAGAGCAUACUUGGACGCAAAAGGCAUCAGCUAUGAAGUAGUUGAAGUGGAUGCUGUUCUGAGGCAAGCGAUCAAAUGGUCCGGAUAUAAGAAAGUACCAAUAGUAUUAGCUAAAGUUGAAAAUGGAUAUCAGCAAUUAUUGGACAGCACAGCAAUCAUAUCUGUACUGGAAACAUACCUCAGAGACAAGGCCUUGCAAUUGCGUGAAAUUAUCAAGUACUAUCCCGCUACUCAUUAUGUGAACGAUGAUGGCAAGGGAACAACUGAUAUAACCAAUAAAUAUUUUGUUAUGCACAAUGCUGGGAUAAGUGAUAAACAUAGGGAUGCUGAAAUAGAGGAGCGAGAAUGGCGUAAAUGGGCAGAUAGUGUACUAGUACACACACUAUCACCCAAUGUGUAUCGAACAACUGGUGAAGCUAUAGAGACGUUCAAGUGGUUCGAGGAUGUUGGGGGCUGGAGACAGUCGUUCCCAGCGUGGGAGUGUGCUCUAAUGGUGUAUGGUGGAGCGGCUGCUAUGUGGAUUAUAUCUAAACGAUUAAAAAAGAGGCAUCAAAUAAAGGAAGACGAACGGCAAUCGCUAUAUGAUGCGGCAAAUGCUUGGAUGAAAGCUGUCAAGAAGAAGGGAUCCUCUUUCCUCGGUGGCGAUCAACCAAAUCUCGCUGAUAUUAGUGUAUUUGGCGUUCUGAGUAGUAUUGAAGGCUGUCGUGCUUUCCAAGACUUGAGAGAGAACACGAGUAUUGGCAACUGGUUUGAUAGAAUGAAGACUCAUUUGGAAACCACUAAGGGCAGAGUGAUCCCUCUUAAUCAAGCAUAAUUUAAUUUAUUUUGACUGAUGGCUAAAACAUGUGGUAUGUAUUAUUUAUGAUGAUGGAGAUGCACAUAAUAUUUAUUAAAAUUUAUAGAAAAAUAAUGGACACAUAGUUGAGAAAACGCUAUUGGAACUAAACAGAUGACAAAAUUAUGUUUUAGGCUACAAUAGUUAUUCAGAUCUAUUUCGAGAUGAAUACCUCAAGGCUGCUCUAUAAUGUUGACUAGAAAUGCACUCAAUUACAACUUUGAGAGUUUUAAUACAUCAAAAGCAUCAAAAGAAACAAGAUACAUAUUUAAAAAAAAAUAUAUAUAUAUUUUAGUAAUAUUACUCAGUGAUACCAUUUUUCAAAUUAUAGCACAUAAAAUAGUAUCAUACUUGUAACUUGUCCAAUAGUGUUGUAUUGUAUCACAUCUUUCUACAAGUGUUUCUGUCUAUAGCAAUAAUAAGCUUUAAAAAGCUGAUGAAAAUCAAAACAUAUUUUUUUAUCUAGAGUCAUGUACAAAAACAGUAUUUACUGUGUUUGUUAACAAAAUAUGCUAUUCAAAAAGCGAUUAUAUCGUUGGCCAGUAAAUGUAUGUCCUAAUAAAUAAAUCAAGUUAAUUUCGUACGAUUAUGAAUGACAGCAUGUUGUUUCUAUUCCGUCUAAAAUAUUACACUGCAUUAUAAUCAUGUUUGCAUUGCAAUAUUUUGCCUCACGCCUGCCUUUUGAUGCGAAUGUAUAUUUUUUUCAUGAUAAAUACUUUCAUUCUCUAAAUGCGUUUAUUAUUUCGUUUUAAAAUUAGUAAGUUAACUAGAAUGGUAAUAAUUAAUAUUAUUAUUUACUCGACUUAUAUUAAAAUCUUUACAAUCGAGAUUGCGAUUUUAAAACUUAUUUGUAGUAUUUUAAAUUAUCACAAUGUUCCUUGGAAAUGAAUUGUAUUGGAAAUUAUAUUAUGAUUAAGGUUGUUAAACAUUUCUUUAUUUAUAAUUUUUAUAUAUUUGUAAAAUUUGGGAUAAAUGCUCUGGAUAAUAUGCAAUUCUUUUGUUGCCAAAAAUUUUGAUAAUUUUGAGAGUAGACUGUUCCACGUAAGAUUUGAAUUUAUUAUAUUUACAUGUACAAUGCAUUACAUUUUAAUAAAGCGAUUGUUUGCGUUAUUACAACUAAGCCUGCGAAAACCUAAAACUAAAAUAGCAUAGCUGUUUAUUGUAUAUGAUUGACAAUAGUUAUUAUUAUGCUGGUUUUUUUUUUAAAAGUUACUUUGCCAGGACGCCUUAUCAUUUAUCAAAGUUAUAAAUAAAUUUGAUAAAUUUACAGGCCUACAAUAAUGAACUUAAAAAAAAAACAACACUUUACCCUGUGCGAGUCAGACUCGCUCACCGAGGACUCCGAACAACCCAUUUUUGAUGUGGAAUCUAAAGUCGCACGUAAAAGCUAUGUCUGCCGUGGUGAAGCGUCGCUACGCUAUGCUAUAUGAUGAUUGAUGGUAUAUGUACAUUAUGAAGUGUAGUAGUGUUUUUCACUAAAUUAGUCGUACAAAAUAAUGUCGAUGUUUCUCAUCUGCCAGGCGUCCCGUGAUUGCUGACUUUUUUUAGUAUGUUGUAACUUCUGACUUUCAAUUUAUUGCUAGAAGCAAUAUUGCUAGAGCAAUCAAAACCUACAGGGUACUUCCCCUUGUACUACUUGAAAUUUUGUAAAAAGCAAACACAGAUAUGGGCAUAAUUGCAUUAUAUGUAUUCGCGUACAUUAUUGCAGGCUGUGUUCACCUCUAGAAGGUCUAGCACCUAUUACUUGUGAUGUAUCAUAGAAUAACCAUGUCUAUUAUUUUUGUAGUGCUAUGUCCAGUUUGGUGGACCUAUUAAAAAAAAAAAAAAAAUUGCGAAAACAUGAUUUUUAAUGGAUAGUAUUUAAACGAGUGACUGUAAUCAUAGUUUUGAUUGACAAAAAUAAUGAAUUGGGGUACAGAAUUACUAAGUGAGCGACUGACUGCGAACGACGAAAAAUAAAUAGAACAGCCACUAACAAACAUUUAUUCAAGUUACUUAAAAUAUAAAAUGAGCAGCUUCAUAAUAUUUGAGCGACCUAAUAUUUGUUUGAGAAACAACGUUACGUCUUGUAUUUUUCAAAUAAGCGAUUAAAGCCUAUUUUUCAAAUUCUGAAACACAACUUCUUGCAAGGCAAUCAAAACCUUCAGGGUACUUCCCGUGAACACAGAUUCUUAAAAUUUGGUAAAACGCAAUGUCUUAUAGCACAGAUAAAGGAAAAUUACCCAAAAAUAUAAAUUUUAAAAUUUAAAACAAUAAAAAAUUAAAACAAUAAAAAAUAGGCUUGAUCGGAGGCCUCGGGGCGCGAGUUCUAUUCGCACUUGGCUGGUUUUUAUUCAUCAUUUACUUUAGUGCAGCUGGACUUGCACAUAUAAAAAUGGCCAGUUAAUAAAAUUAUAUUUUACGUGGAAGACAGUCUUAGAAAAGGUUUAAUGGAGUAUUUAUUAUAUUAGUAUGCGAAGUAGUCCAUUGUAUUACAACGAGGGAAUAUUAUUAAUUUCUAAAUAACAUGAAUUACAUUUGAAACAAACGAUUAUUCUAAGUACUAUUUAUAUUGAAACUGUACAGUACUGUACACUUGAUUGAUGAUGAAAUAUUUAGUAUUGUUAAGUAAUUUAGGAAUUAUUAGAUAUUCUACACGCUUUUUUAAUUUAUUUGAAGUACGUAAAUAUCCCUUUUAAUAUCAUGAGUAUCUAUAACAUUUAUGGAAAAAGUAGGUUAAUUUUGUUAAAAAGGAUCACUAUUUAUUUUAUUGUAUAGAAUCUGUAAAGAAAACUUCGUUAGAAUAUGAAUAAUACAAAGGUUUUCCCAAGAUAUUGCCAAAAAUCUAGUAUUCAUACAUAUCUUCAUGUCGAUACCAAUGAAUUCACAAUAAGAAAUUCAAAUCGUUGAUUUGUUAUUUAACGGUUGUUUUCUGAAAUAAUUAUUAACAUCUUUUUUAGACAUGACGAGGUUUUCUUUUAAAUUGUACCUAAAAUAAAUCUAUUUAUAUCCAGAAACAAAUGUUUAAGUUACAACGAUUACGUAGUUAUUUUAGUUGUAGUUUUAAUAAUAAUAUAGUACAAGCGUUGGUAGAUAAUGAGUAUUAUUUUUUGCCUAAUAUGUAAAAGUGAAAUGGUUGAAAUAAAAAAACAUAAAAAUUA